GAUGCCAGUCCCUCACAGCCUCCCCGUGCGUCUGCAGGUGACCGAGAGACCCCGGAGGGAACGGGGGGGCACCGGAGCAUCAUGGCACACCCCAUCUCAGCCUUCCAGGCUGCCUACAUCUCCAUCGAAGUGCUCAUCGCCCUGGUGUCCGUGCCGGGCAAUAUCCUGGUCAUCUGGGCUGUGAAGAUGAACCAGGCGCUGCGAGACGCCACUUUCUGCUUCAUCGUGUCGCUGGCGGUGGCCGACGUGGCCGUGGGGGCUCUGGUCAUCCCCCUGGCCAUCAUCAUCAACAUCGGCCCCCAGACGGAGUUUUACAGCUGCCUCAUGGUGGCGUGUCCCGUCCUCAUCCUCACCGAGAGCUCCAUCCUGGCGCUCCUGGCCAUCGCCGUGGAUCGGUACCUGCGGGUGAAGAUCCCUGUCAGGUACAAGAGCGUGGUGACGCCCCGGCGGGCGGCCGUGGCCAUUGCCUGCUGCUGGAUCGUGUCCUUCCUGGUGGGACUCACCCCCAUGUUCGGCUGGAACAACCUGAGCAAGAUGAGGACUCAGGAGCCCAACGGCAGCCAGGAGUUCGUCAUCACGUGCCAGUUCGAGACGGUGAUCAGCAUGGAGUACAUGGUCUACUUCAACUUCUUCGUGUGGGUCCUUCCCCCCCUGCUGCUCAUGCUGCUCAUCUACCUGGAGGUCUUCAACCUCAUCCGCAAGCAGCUCAACAAGAAGGUCUCCUCCAGCUCCAACGACCCCCAGAAGUACUACGGGAAGGAGCUGAAGAUCGCCAAGUCCCUGGCGCUGGUCCUGUUCCUCUUCGCCCUCAGCUGGCUGCCCCUGCACGUCCUCAACUGCAUCACCCUGUUCUGCCCGUCCUGCCAGACCCCCCACAUCCUCACCUACAUCGCCAUCUUCCUCACCCACGGCAACUCGGCCAUGAACCCCAUCGUCUACGCCUUCCGCAUCAAGAAGUUCCGGACAGCCUUCCUGCAGAUCUGGAACCAGUACUUCUGCUGCAAAUCCACCAAAAACGCCGCCGGCAGCACCACCGAGGCCGAGCCGGGCAAUUAGGGACAGGGGAGGGCAGGGAGGGGGGUCGGUGC